AUGGGGCCGGGCGCGGGGCUAGGUACGGGGCCGGGCGCGGGCCAGGUACUGGGCCGAGCGCGGGCAAGAGACGGGGCCGGGCGCUGGGCGAAGGACGGGGCCAGGCGCGGGCUUGGUACGGGCCGGGCGCGGGCUAGGUACGGGGCCAGGCGCGGGCGAGGUACGGGGCCGGGCGUUGGGCGCGGAACGGAGGCCGGGCGCGAGGCUAGCGGCCCCGCCACCCUACCUGCGGCUUCGCCGCCUUACCUGCGGCCCCGUCACCUUACCUGCGGCCCCGCCACCUUACCUGUGGCUCGGCGGCUCGACUGUCCGGUUGCUCGGUUGCCCGGGUGGCUCGGCGGUGCUGCUGCAGGGCGGCGCGGCGGUGGGCUGCUCGGCUGGGUGAAGCGGGUCGGGCAGCUCGGGUGGCAGGCGGCGCUGCAGCAGGGGACGGGGUCGCAGAUAAGAGCGGCGGGGCCGCAGGUGAGAGCGGCGGGGCCGCCGGUGAGAGCAGCGGGGCCGCAGGUGAGAGCGGCGGGGCCGCAGGUGAGAGCGGCGGGGCCGCCGAUGAGAGCACCGGGGCCGCACGUGAGAGCGGCGGGGCCGCAGGUGAGAGUGGCGGGGCCGCAGGUGAGAGCGGUGGGGCCGCAGGUGAGAGCGGCGGGGUCGCAGGGAGGGGCGGCGGGGCCGCAAUUGAGGGCGGCGGGGCCGCAGUUGAGGACAGACUAUGAAAAUCAAGAGGAGGAGCAGAGAGAGAGAGAGAGAGAGAGAGAGAGAGAGAGAGAGAGAGAGAGAGAGAGAGAGAGAGAGAGAGAGGGAGAGAGAGAGAGAGAGAAAGAGAGAGAGAGAGAGAGAAAGAGAGAGAGAGAGAGAGAGAGAGAGAGAGGGAGAGAGAGAGAGAGAGAGACAAGAGAGAAUGAGAGAAAGCACAAUGGACAACGGUGUCCAUGGCCCUAG